CAAGUCAGUUGAAGUCGAGGGCUCACAUGAUAGACCGAGCGCGAUAUACGUGUAUCAGCUUAUCCUGGUCAGUUUCGGUUUAGCUAGAGUGGUGGUGAAGCCAGCUAGAGACGAGCGCCGGGUACAUGAUCAGACUACCAGGAGCCAGCGAAAAGGGCGUCACAGCGAUUCGCGUGCUUUUCUUAUCCGUGCCAUUUACCAAGUGACCACGCCUUAGUCAAUGUCUCGAAUGUACAGCGUCUAAGCUGGUCGCUAGAUCCGUGACAUCGCUGUCGUCAGCGAAAGAUGCCUGGCGAAACGCUGACCGAAACGCGUCCAAGAAUGGAAGGCCUGUUGCACAGUAGCGUGACGAGUCACCGUGCUUCUGACGAUGGCCCCUCGGGCCUCGCUGUCGGUGGCCCGCGCGAACCAAGUAUAAUCAUCGGGGAAGACGCAAGCCCAGCAAGUGCAGCAGACAGCCCAGCGCCAACGGGGGGUGGUCCAGCUACGGACGCUGCAGCAGCAGCAGCAGCAGCAACCGACGUUGGCUUGGCGGGGGAGUCAUCUGGGCGGCGCGUCGAGAGCCCAGGAGUGGGAAUCGGCGGCUGGUGGGGCAGACGAGCCGCGGAUAGCGACACUGGGGGGAAACGCGCGGGAGAAGAGUCGGACGACUCGUCGGAAGAGGGGGAUUGGGACGGCUGGAGAGGCGAGAAGGAGGCGACAGAUGGCGACAAGGCAGCGGUGGAUGGCGAAGUGGAGACGAAAGAUGGCAAAGAAGCAGCGAAAGAUAGAGGAAACGCGGGCAAAGGUGGCGAACAAGCGGCAGGUGGCGAAAAGCCGGCGACCGAUGGCGACGGGGCUGCGACAGAUGGCGCGGAGAGGGAGCGAGCGACGGGCGGCGGUGCUGCGGCGAGGCGACCGAGGAAAACGGCGGAGGCAGCCGCAGCCGCUAUGGCGCGAAAGGAGGAUCGCCAGCGUCGCAGGGAAGCAGCUGACCUCCUGGCGACGUCUCAACGACUGCUUCGCGAGAGCAGCGUGAAGUUCGUGCGCCCGCCGCUGGCCGCCAUCUCGCUGGACGGCUUCUUCAGCGCCAUGCGCUGCCGCAUGGCCGCCGUCGACGCCCGCAUGCCGCGAGGCACUGAGGGAGAGCACCCCGACGACGAGGAGGAGGAAGAGGAUGAUGACGUGGAGGGAGAGGAGGAGGAGGAGGAGCAGGAGGAGGAGGGAGAGGAGGAUGCAAGAGGUGGGGUGGAGGAGGAUCAAAAGCCCACGGUACAGAUGAACGGCGGCGGAGAGGGGAACGACGGGGGACGCAGCGGCGCCACGGCUGUGUCGAGCGGUGUAAUCGCGGCCAUCCUGCAGCGCCUGGCACAGGAGGAGGAAGAGGACGAUGAGGGGGCCGACCUCGUCGUGCUCGAAAGCUCCCCGCCUGCUGCUGCUGCUGCUGCUGCACGUAGUGCUGCUGCUGCACGUGGUGCUGUGGCACGGGCAGCAGGAGGGGGACAAGGAAACAGUGUGGGCAAGAAGGAAGGGGAGAACACCGCAAAGAAGGACAGGGAGGAUGAGGCGGAUGAGCUGGUACCGCCUGAAGACUGCCCGCCUGCUGCUGCUGCUGCUGCUGGCGCUGCUGCUGCUGGCGCUGCUGCUGCUGGCGCUGCUGCUGCUGGCGCUGCCGCUGGUGGCGCUCCAGUAGCCGGAAUAGGAGGUGGUGGCACGGCAGGAGGAAGGAGUGGGGAGAGGCACGAAAGAGAGGAAGGUCGGGCAGCGGAGGAGGGGAAGGAGGGAGGAGAGGUGGGAGGCGCGGAUGCAGGAAGGAACGGCACGAGGGCACGACGGCACAUGCGCAUGAGCCUUGGUGGGGACGAGACGGGAGACGAGGAGAAAUGGGAGCAGGGGGAGCAGGGGGAGCAGGGGGAGAAGGGCCCAGCGACGAAACAUGACAUAAGUGAGGGCAAAGGUGGGAACGAGCCUGGGAGGGACGAGCCCUCGCGAGCACAAGGGAGAGAGCGGGCGAGGAGUGUGGCAACGGCAGCAAAUUGGUGUGCUGAUGACGCCAAGGGGGAGAAGAUGUGGAGGUGCGCGCUUGAGAAAGGGGCGGAGGGCCCAGGCGAGAGAGGGGCAGCGGAAGCAGAGGAGAAACGAGAUAGGGGCACAGAUAGGGGGAGGCAAGGGGCCACGGUGGGGGGGAAGCAAGGGGGCGCAGAGGGGGAAAAGGGGGGAGCAGAGGCGGGGAAGCAGGGGGGCGCGGUGAAGUGGUGGGUGGCAGGGCGCAAGGCGGCAGCAGUGGGGCCCAAGUCGCUGAGUCAAUGGGCCAAGGGGCGAGGGGCAGGUGGUGCUGCCGCUGCUGCUGCCGCUACUGCUGCUGCUGCUGCUGCUGGUGUUGGUGCUGCUGAGUGUGGCGUUGUUGCUUAUGUUGGUGCUGCUGGCGCUGCAGUUGCUGCUGCUGAUGGUGGUGGGGGUGCUGUUGCUGGUGCUGGCGCUGCUGAUAGUGAUGUUGGUGGUAAUGCUGCUGCUAAUGGUGGUGUUGGUGCUGCUGCUGCUGCUGCUGCUGAAGGCGGCGUCGAUGGGGAGCGAAUCGGGGUGAGAGCCAAGGCAACGAGUGAGCUUAGAGAAUCUGGGCGGAGGUUCAUUGACGAUGCUGCUAUGGAGGAUGAUGGGGAGGAGGAAGGAGAGGCCGGGGAGGAGGGGGGAGGUGAGGGGAGGGGUGGAGAAUCAAGGGAGAAAAGGCAUGAUGCGGAUUGGGAUCGGAUGGAUGUAGAGGAUCUUGGGGAGGAUGACACCGAGGAAGAGAGUGACGAUAGCGAAGAUGCCUGUAACAAGGAUAAUGCGGAGGAGGAAAGAGGCCAGGGAAGGAAAAGGGAGACGGAGAAAGGGGAGGGGGAGGCAGAGGAAGAAGAGGAGGAGAAAGAGGCAGAGGACGAUGAGCAAGUGGAGGAGGAAGGCUCGGAUGCCGAGUUGGAGAGGGCAGCGCUGCACAGGCAGUGGGAGGAGCAGGAGGACGAGUGGGUGGAGGGGGCGGUGAUGGGGGGGGUGCAGGGGGGCUGGGCGCAUGUGCGGAUGGGGAGGCGGGGCAAGGGAGGGGAGGGAAUUGGGGGGAGAGGAGUGGCCCUGAUGGGGGACGCGGAUGAGGAGGACGAGGGGGGGGAGGACGAAGGGGGGGAGGACGAAGGGGGGGAGGACGAAGGGGGGGAGGAGGAAGGGGGGGAGGAGGAAGGGGGGGAGGAGGUGGGAGGGAUUGGGAAGGGGGGAGUGAGGAAGAGGAAGAGUGGAGUGAGUGGGAGAGGAGAGCGAGGGAAUGCAGAGGGAGGAGGCGGUGGGGAGUGGGGAUUGCUGGCAAAGAAAGUGAGACUGCUGAAGGAGAGGGUGGGGGGAACAGGGGUGAAGGAAGGUGGAGAGUGGAAGGGAGAGGAGCACGACGGUGAUUCAUGUGACUCCACUGGAAGUGCUUAUAGCGGGGAUGCUGAUGCUGAUGCCAAGCGUGCAGAGGGAAAUAGCAAAGGCGACGGAGAGAGUGCGGAUGAUGGCAGUGACGACAGCGAUGAUGGUGAUGAUGGCAGUGGCAGCGAUGGUGAGGGCGCUGAGACAGGCGGGGACAUGGCGUCGGCGCGCCACCUGGUGGAGCAGAUGCGAGCCAAGAGGCGCGUGGAGGAGAUGCAUCACAAGGAGGUGCGGGACGUGGUGCUGGGGCGGUGGAAGCAGCAGUCGCAUCGCAACAUCACUGUCGUCAGAGGCGCCGCUCUGCCCUCCCUACAGUCACGGUUUCCCUCAGUGCAGUCACACGGGCCCAGCUCACACCCGCAUGGCCCCCGCUUACAAGCACACCGCCCUUCAGUCAACACCUCUCAGACCCAUUUCCACCGCCCCGCACCUGCACCAGUUGCCACCUCCCUUUGGGGCCAACCCUCUCCCUCCAUUCCUGCACCGCCCUUUGGCAUGCGUGCCUCCUCUCUUCUCGGGCAGCUUUCCAAGCUGCCCAAGGACUUCAAUUUCACCACGGGCAGCUCUGGAAGGACUGGGCAGGCUGGGCCUUCUCGGGCGUACAUUUUCAAGACGAAGGAUGCACCCGAAAAGGAGCAGGAACUGUAGAGCGAUUAAGAACGGGGAGCGCUGUGAAAGUGUGCAUUGGGAGUGGAUUGGCAGAGCUGAAAGCCACGCGCUAUGGUGGAAGUUCAUUGCUCAGGAGCACGAGCAGCAGUGCUGCUGUGGUAGCUGAUGAUUGGUGCAGUUGCAGCAGUUAAGACACCCUCAAACCCAGGCCCAUGGGCAGCAGCAGCAGCAGCACUAGCACUGGCAGUACCACAUUAGGAAAAUGGCACAUGCCAUGCCUCGCCAUGCCAUGCCAGCUAUGAGCGAAUUAUUCUAGCACCUGCGUGUUGGAAAUUAUAAAAGGAGUUGAGCCCAUUCCAGGAGUCUCGCGUGCUGUAACAAUACGCGAAGUCCACAACAUCGAGGACCAACGAGUCAAACCUUGCUACAGCACCUCCGACGGUUGACGCGGGUUGACACCUAGAAGAGGUUAGGAAAGGGCAAUGGUCGCAGACCGUUGAUCCUGUUAUGAAUUAAUCAGAGUAAUAACAGGUAGUGUAAUAA